UGCCCAGAAGUUUCAGCUCUUUUGAGCUCCGAAAAAGUAUUUGACUUAUAGAAAAGGAAAGAAUUUGCAGAAGCAAAUGGAGAAACCAUAUCUCGCGACACAGUCCUGUUGCAACCAUGGAAACCAUAGGACGCUUAGCCAUCCUGGCCUGCAGAAACCUCCGUGUUUCCAGUUAACCAUAAACCUGCGCAUUUUGCUAACUAUCAACUUCUCAUCGCAAUCAUGGAACAGAUUCAAGCAACUGGAGGCAAGACGGUGCCUGUGCAAAUAACUGUUUUAAGUGGAAACAACUUGAAGGGUGGCAAGGGUAAGCCCUUCCUCAGUAUGGUGCGGGCUGAGUUUAGCGGUGCAGUGCUGGGGGAAUCGCAGAAGGUGGAGACCGUACCCGACCAGAGCGUGGAGUAUAAUUUCGCCUGCGGCUUCAACUGCGGAAAUGGAGCCAAUAGUUUGGACGACCUGGCGCACCGACCACUUAUCUUGACGGUGAUGGAGGUUCUGUCCAAAGAGAAGAAGCAGAAAGAGGAGAGGACUAUAAUCUUGGGCCAAGCUGCCUUGGACCUGCUGCCUCUUCUACAGGGUCAGUGCAGCUCUACAUGUGUGGCUGUUCUGCACCUGACCCCUGAUUCACCUGGAGAGGCCGUCUCUGAUGCCAGCUGCCAGCCCUCCCUGGAUGUGACCAUCUGUGUCCCAGAGCCUGUGCUGUCUGACGUCCAGCUCAGCCAAUCAAACCUGCUCAGGGUUGCCGUGGAAACGGCAUAUUCGGUCCCAGAAGCCUGGAACGCCGGCACUGGACCCCCCUUCAACUACGUGGCCGGCCUACAGGUGCCCCUGUCAGAGAAGGAGCAGACGCUGCUGUUCGCCAACGGACUGCUGAAAGCCGGCGGGGAGAGAGAGCCCCUCUCCAGGCCCAAAAAGUGGCCCGUGGGGCCCCUGCUGGCCCCCGGGGCCCAGUUCAUGCCAGGAACCUCCAUAGAUAUGCAGCCAAUUGAGACGGAGGAUGGAGACCUGACCGGUGUGGAGGACAGGGAGUUCCGCACGGAGGCGGAGACGGACAGGAAGAGGGUGAGCUGGGACUCCGAGAGGCGCUGCUUUCUGGAUCCUGGAGCUGUGGCUAGCCUGACCCAGCAGAUCGAGGCCUGUCGCCUGUGGCCCGUGGAGGUGAUGAGGUCAGCGCAGGGCGGAGCCCCGAAAGGAGGGAAAGCUGGGAAGGAGAAGGCGGGAGAGGAGGAGGCGCCGAUCUCGUUCCACGGCGUGGCCUACGUGGACUUCGCCCCUCUGCUGUACCCCGGAGCCAAACGCAUCCGCGGCGCGUACCGCCUGUGGCCCUUCUACGAGUCCGACCUGGAGGCCAAGACCAAGCGGACCAGCAGCGUCCUGCGGGACAGCAUGCGGACUGCAGCGGUUCAUCCCAAACACCGGGCCUCCUCAGCCCUCAGCUCCUCCCAGUGGAAGGCAGGGGCCCCCAAAAUCCCAGAGGCACAAAAGGCUGGAAAAGAGCCCAAGGACCAGCCCAGAAAAGGAAAGUCACCUGCUGAGACUGGGACAGAGCUGGACACUCAAGGGAAUGUGGAGGGACAGAUGUACGUGGAUGCCAGGACCUACAUUGUGAUUGAAAUCUCCCUGGAAAAGCCGCUGGUGCCGAAGAGAUCUCCGGAGGAGCUGGCCAGGAGGGUGAUGGAACUGAUUCCCCCCAGACCUCCCCUGCCACGCCUACCGGUUGGAGCAGAGAGGGCAGUGCAGGAGUAUCAGUCUCAGGUGGCGAAUGUAGUGGGCCAGGUUCUGGAGCAGUACCAGCAGCUGUUCGGAGGUGCCAUGGUCCCAGGAGCCCCGCCCCUUGACCCCGCCUCCCAGGAGCAGCGCAAGUCCCAGCUUCUGGCAGAGCUGAACUACUCCGGGCGGUACUUUGCCUUCAAGGAGCAGAUGAAGCACUCGGUGGUCCGGAUCGUGCGUGAGAAGAUGUUGCGGACUGAGGCCUUCUCCGACCCGGAGCAGCUGCAGGCUUUCCUGAGCCAGCUCUACGUGUUCCUGGUGGACGAAAUGCAUGUGGCCCUCAACAAGACACUUUCAUCAGACGUGCAGGAGACGAAGCAGCGCCCCCUGCUGGACAGCGCUCAGCUCAGGCACUUCGCCAGAGAGGCCCAGCUGAAUGAGGACUAUCCCUUGGCUUCCCAAUACUACCAGGAGAGGCUGGCUCUGGAACGCCAGGACCCCGGCCACUGGUUUGACUUUGGUGCUUUCCACAUGCUGACGGGGGACCACGUGAAGGCACAGGAGUGCUUCCAGCAGGCUGUCUCCGUAGAGCAGGCUCACCUGCCCAGCCUGCUGAUGUGUGGGAUCCUUGCGGAGAUGGCGGGAAGAUUUGAGGAGGCGGAGACUUUCUUGGAGCAGGCGACUUCCCUCGACCCUAACAACGUGGUAGCCUGGACCCUUUUCGGCCUGUACUACGAGAGCAGGGACAACGCCAUCCAGGCGGAGAUGGCCUUCCUGGAGGCCCAGAGGCGGCUGAGAGCGGCCCUGGCCAACGGCCCGUCGUCCAGGGGCAAAGAUGGGGCCGAGAGGGGGGCAGAUGAGGUGCUGCAGCCGAACAGGUCGUCAGUUACCAGCGACCACCCCGUCAACACUACAGAUGUUGAGGAGGACGCAGAGAACUUGGUGAACAGGUCUCCGAUCAGCCAGGAGGGCGGGCCAGGGAGAGACGGGGGGUUCACUGACCAAGAUCCUGCCGUCACAAAACCCCCAGCAUCCCCCCCCGGGCUCAGAACCACCAUCUACAUGGAGGCUGUGCAGUUUCUGCUGGAGAACAACGUCCUUCAGAUGGCUGAGAGAGCUCUGGCUCAGCAGUUGCUGUGUCCAGAGGGCGGCAGGAGCAGCUGCUACCACCUGGCGCUGGCCAGACUGCAUCUGCUGAGCGGGGACUACUGCAGCGCCGAGGCCAGCCUGAAGGAGGCGCUAGACGGUGGCCUACAGAACCCGGAUGUCUGGGCUUUGACCGGUCACCUGCACUACCUUACGGGGACCCACAGCCAAGCGAAGACGUGCUACGAGCGGACCGUGGACUUUGUGGCAGACGCCUCCGACAUGCACGCGGUCUACCUGCGUCUCGGACACAUCUACCUGCAGGAGGGACAGUUUGAGAAAGCCAAACCCACCUACCUGCGCGGCUGCAAGAGCUCCCCAUCCUGCCUCACCUGGCUGGGAGUGGGGAUUGCCUGCUACCGACUAGGAGAGCUGGCCGAGGCGGAGGAUGCCCUCACAGAAGCCAACGCCCUGAACAACGCCAACCCGGAGGUGUGGGGAUACCUGUCCCUGGUCUGUCUGCAGACGGGCAGGAAGCUGGAAGCUGAGCAGUGCUAUAAGUACGCCACGAAGUUGAACCUUCAGAAAGAGACGCUACUGCGAGAGAUUACAGAGCUGCAAGCUCAGGUCGGGUUUGGAAAUCCAAGCUUCUGAGUCAGAUCAGAUGCUGUGAUUGGUCCGGACCGGAGAUGAAGAGACACUUGCUCCCACCCACACUCACUCAGUUAGCAUAGGCCAGAAAGCACUUCCUGUUUAGCGAAUGAGCGCAUGAGCGACAGCUAUUGAACGGAAGAAACACUUCUGGCUACGUACCGCAGAGGAAG